AUGGAGCAAAUGGCUCACGACAUAUCCGAGAUUCUGCGGCAACAGUUCCUGCUUCACUUCUUCACGAUCUUCAUCUGCCUCGAUCACAUAUGGCUGCUUCGAUGGGACCGCGCCGGCCUCGUCGUGUCCGAGCCGUUCAACUUUGCAGAAGAACCACAGCACUUGUAUACCUUCUUCUAUCGGUUCGCCUGCAUGGACGACGUGCAGAGAGGCCGAGACCCCACGGUGGUGCCGGCAAGUGAGGCGGAGGUCAAGGUCAUGCGCAGCAUUGACCAGUUCGAUUCAGCAUGGCACAAAACUCAGUACACAGCCACGAUGACAGCGGGCUGGCCAAUCUACAAGGUCCUGAUUCCGGAGGAAGACGUGAUUUCGACGGCGGAACUGAGUGAAGGAAGGAAAGACCGGGCGGACUCCGAGUUGUCGGAGGGUCGCGAGCGCGGAUUCCUCGUAGGGAAGCCAUACUUUAUGAGUGAUUCCCCCACCGGGCGCGGGACACGAGGUUAUAUUGCCUACGACGUAGCCGAGCAUCGACUUGUCUUUCUCAAGGAGUACUGGCGCUUGGACGCGCCGACGUAUCAUCCGGAAGGUGAAGUGUACUUGCGUCUUCACAGCAAGCAAGUGCCAUAUAUUGCAACCCCAGUUGCCGCUGGCGAUGUUCUUGAUGCGACAGGCGGCAUGCACCACACCCGCGCGCAAGAUUUCUUCCCGGACCCACCGCCCAAGCUCAUUCAGUACCGCAUCAUCCUGGAGGAGAUCGGUAAACCGCUCGAGGAAUACGAAACUUCCUUCGAAUUGAUGUCUGCUAUGUAUUGCUGCAUAUAUGCACAUAUGAAAGCCUGGACAGAGGGCGAGGUACUACAUCGGGACAUCAGCAGAGCAAACCUUUUGAUGUAUCCCUAUCGUAAUGACGAUGGGGAAAUCGAGUGGCUGGGUCUGAUUGUCGACUGGGGUCUGUGCAAGUACAAGGACGAGUUGGGACUACCGCAAGUGCAGAACACUCGCUCGGGCACUUGGCAGUUCAUCUCUGCCGUCUUGCUCGCACAUCCCGGGGUAUUUCCGCAUGCAGUAUGGCACGACCUGGAGUCGUUUAUCCACGUCCUUCAUUGGUUGUGUCUGCGGUUCCACAAGACGAAUUACACCGAGUCCGACGAUAACCGCGAAUCCCUACUCAAGCGUGUCGACGCUGUCUAUGACCACUCCAAUAAAACACGGAACGGUAUAUCCGUGGGCGGUCAGGAGAAGUUGGCGCUCAUGCAAGACGGCACGCUUCCCUUCAAGCUCGUAGCGGGGUCUACGGGCCAGAGUGGGCCAGGCCUAUAUCGCCUCCUGACCGACCUAUCAGCUCUCUGCAAGGAGCACUACAAGUGGCUGAAGCCCCAACUGCCAACUGCGACGCCCGAGGAGGAAAAGGAGGAGGGACAGGGUCAGCCCCAGCGUUCCCGAAGCCGCCUUCUCCCCCCUCGAAGGAAUGUCGUAUCUGCAGUUGGACCGACGAUCUCGGAGGCGCCUGCUCAGCCUGUUCUCGAGAACCACACGAAGAUUCUCGACGUGUUCGAGACGAUGUCGCAGGGCAAAUGGAUACCGGACAAGAAGAUCGAGGAUCAAUUUGCGCACUCAAACACGACGAUGGACCAGCAGGUGAAACUCAAGAGAUCCUCCGAAGAGUCUAUCAGUCUAGACGAGAGACCGGGUAAGCGCAUCAGGAGUCCAACCGGUAGCGCGUCCGUGUCGAUUGCGCCUCAGCUGGGUUCGAUUUCGGAGAACCUCAAAGGCUGA